AUGGAACGUGAAAGAAAAGUAGUUCCAGAUUCUGCAACAAACAAUGCAGAGGACGCUUCGGCAAGAUCAUUCCCCUGCCUGUUCUGUUCGAGAAAGUUCCACAGCUCUCAAGCCUUGGGAGGCCACCAAAACGCCCACAAGAAAGAGAGAACUGCCGCCAGAAAGGCCAAGAGAGCCCACGACUUCGCCAUGAGCAGCUUCUCUCCCCCGGCGGCUCCACCACUGGUCUUCGCCCCUGGCCACCACCUCCUCAGCCCCUCCCUCUGCAUCACCGCCCACGCCGCCACCCUCGGCCAGAUUUCCGGCCACCACCAUCAACUCUCCGACGGGUUCGGGUCGACCGGGGAGGCCCGGUUCGACAACGUGGUUGUGUGCAGAGGAAACUAUCUGAAUAACUCUUAUGGCCAUGACGAUCCUCAGAACUUGGUGACGUGGCAAAGGAGUGCGAGGUACAGUGAGGCCACCGGAGGGAAUUCUCACUACACGUCGGCACUGGAGAGGAGCCAUGAGGUACUUGAGCGCGAUCACAGGGACAAGAGUCAGAAACUGGAUCUCUCUCUUCAUUUAUAA